ACCCAGCAGCGGUGGUCGGGUUUGGGGCUGGAGGUGAAGCCCUGGCAUUUCCCUUCUUCCUGUGUGAAUGGGGCUGAUGGUCGGGCGCCGCUUCCCCGCGCAGCCCCACGCCAUGCCCUGCGCGCUGCCUGGCGGCCGCCUCUUCCCACCGCGGCGCUGAACUAGCCAUGAUCGCCUCAUGUGGAGGGCAAAGUUGCGCCGGGGAACUUGUGAGUCUGCGGUGAAAGGUCCCCCUCCUGCUGGUUACAGUCCCAGCAGUCCCGCCCAGAUUCUAGAAGACCCCAGCUACUUUUUCCCGGACUUCCCGCUCUACUCGGGGAGGCAUGAAGCGCCGGCUUUGACGGUGGAGGCCGGCAGUACCAUCAGGGAGAAAGUUGUUGAGGAUCCUCUUUGUAACUUCCACGCCCCGAACUUCCUGAGGAUCUCAGAGGUGGAAAUGAGAGGUUCCGAGGAUGCGGCAGCUGGAACAGUAUUGCAGCGGCUGAUCCAGGAACAACUGCGCUAUGGCACCCCGACCGAGAACAUGAACUUGCUGGCCAUUCAGCACCAGGCCACAGGGAGUGCAGGACCAGCUCACCCGACAAACAGCUUUUCUUCCUCGGAAAACCUCACCCAAGAAGACCCACAAAUGGUCUACCAGUCGGCACGCCAGGAACCGCAGGGUCAAGAACACCAGGUGGACAACACGGUGAUGGAGAAACAGGUCCGGUCCACGCAGCCUCAGCAGAACAACGAGGAGCUGCCCACCUACGAGGAGGCCAAAGCGCAGUCCCAGUUCUUCAGGGGGCAGCAGCCGCCGCCGCCGCCGCCGCAGGUGGCCGUGGGUCACGGUUACUACAUGGCGGGGGGCACCAGCCAGAAGGCCCGGACUGAGGGGAGGCCCACGGUGAACCGUGCCAACAGCGGGCAGGCGCAUAAGGACGAGGCGCUGAAGGAACUUAAGCAGGGCCACGUCCGCUCGCUCAGUGAGAGAAUCAUGCAGCUGUCGCUGGAGAGGAAUGGCGUUAAGCAGCACCUCCCUGGCUCAGGGAGUGGCAAGGGGUUCAAGGCGGGAGGGGGACCCGCCCCAGCCCAGCCUGCAGGUAAAGUGCUGGACCCCCGGGGUCCGCCACCCGAGUACCCCUUCAAGCCCAAGCAAAUGAUGUCCCCGGUCGGCAAGACCCAGGAGCACGGACUUUUCUACAGCGACCAGCACCCUGGCAUGGUCCACGAGAUGGUCAAGCCUUACCCUGCUCCGCAGCCCGCGAGAACGGAAGUGGCCGUCCUGAGGUACCAGCCACCCCCGGAGUAUGGGGUAACGAGCCGCCCAUGCCAGCUUCCUUUCCCGUCAACAGUGCAGCAGCACAGCCCCAUGUCCUCCCAGAACUCCUCGGUCAGCGGGCCUCUGCACUCCACCUCCUUGCCGCUGCCACUCCCAGUGACCCUGGCCGCCCCGCAGCCGCCGCCUGCCGCCUCCCCCAGCCAGCAGCUGGGUCCCGAUGCCUUUGCGAUUGUGGAGCGAGCCCAGCAGAUGGUGGAGAUACUAACAGAGGAGAACCGCGUGCUUCACCAGGAACUUCAGGGUUACUGCGACAACGCUGACAAGCUCCACAAGUUUGAAAAAGAACUUCAGAGGAUUUCGGAAGCCUAUGAGAGUCUGGUCAAGUCCACCACCAAGCGAGAGUCACUGGACAAGGCGAUGAGAAACAAACUGGAGGGCGAGAUUCGAAGACUCCACGACUUCAACAGGGACCUCCGAGAUCGACUGGAGACUGCCAACAGGCAGCUGUCCAGCAGGGAGUAUGACGGCCAUGAAGACAGAGCCGUGGAGGGCCUGUAUGCUUCUCAGAGGGCACCCUUUAGUUGCAUGGAACUCCUCCACUCAGUGGUUGAGUGUCGACCUAUGAACGCAGGAGCCAUGUGGACAGUAGGAGCCCCCAGUCUGGAGGACGCAUGGCCCGGAUGGUCUAUGCAGAGUGCUUUGCUUGGUGCCCGACAUGCAGAAAACAGUGCCGUGAUUGGUUCAACUGUUGCUGCUGCUGUUGUUGAAAAUAAAAAGCUGUUCCUUCAGAAACAUCUCCUGAAGCCAGGUCACUCAGUGUCUCAGCAAACGUCAAGGUUAAAGCAGCUGAAGGGGAAGACUGUUAAGUCUACCAGGGUCUUGUCCAUGAGAAGCCUUUUCAACCCUCUACGAGAGAAGCAAGCCUACGUGGAGAAGGUGGAGAAGCUGCAGCAGGCGCUGACCCAGCUGCAGUCCGCAUGUGAGAAGCGGGAGCAGAUGGAGCGGAGACUUCGGACCUGGCUGGAGCGAGAGCUGGACGCCCUGAGGACCCAGCAGAAACAUGGAAACGGCCCGCCAGCCAGCAUGCUGGAAUACAAUGCCCCGGCCCUCAUGGAACUUGUGAGGGAGAAGGAGGAGCGGAUCCUGGCGCUGGAGGCCGACAUGACCAAGUGGGAGCAGAAGUAUCUGGAAGAGAGCACCAUCCGGCACUUUGCCAUGAACGCCGCAGCCACCGCCGCAGCUGAGAGGGACACCACGAUCAUCAACCACUCGCGGAACGGCAGCUACGGGGAGGCCUCGCUGGAGGCCCACAUCUGGCAGGAGGAGGAGGAGGUGGUGCAGGCCGCCAGGAGGUGUCAGGACAUGGAGUACACCAUUAAAAAUCUCCAUGCCAAGAUCAUCGAGAGGGAUGCCAUGAUUAAGGUCCUUCAGCAGCGAUCCCGCAAAGAUCCCGGGAAGGCAGACUCCUCGAGCCUGCGGCCCGCCCGCUCCGUCCCUUCCAUUGCCGCGGCCACCGGGACACACUCCCGCCAGACCUCUCUGACCAGCAGCCAGUUAGCGGAGGAGAAGAAGGAAGAGAGGACCUGGAAGGGGAGCAUAGGGCUGCUGCUGGGGAAGGAGCACCAUGAGCACGCCUCCACCCCCGCACUGCCUGCCCCGCCUGCCACAGCAUCGGCCCCAACAGUGUCCGCCACGUCGGCCAGCAGCGCCCACGCCAAGACGGGCAGCAAAGACAGCAGCACCCAGACGGACAAGAGCACCGAACUCUUCUGGCCCAACAUGGCCUCCUUGCCCACCCGCGGCCGGCUGAGUGCGACCCCUUCCAACAGCCCGGUCCUGAAACACCCAGCGGCCAAAGGGACUGCAGAGAAACUGGAGAACUCUCCUGGCCACGGGAAGUCGCCUGACCACAAAGGCCGCGCCAGCAGCCUGCUGCACAAGCCCGAGUUCCCGGACGCGGAGAUGAUGGAGGUCCUCAUCUAGCGCUGGGUCCCUGAGGAACGUCGUGCCGGGACAGUGACAAGCGGAGGAGGAGCACGGCCAAGGGAGCGGCACGAGCAAGAAGAGCGAUCGAGAAGGUGGUCGAUGGGAAACCAGGAAUGAUUGGAACUGAUAAAGAUUUCAGAUUCGUAAGAACACUUUUUAUAAAUGUUUUUUUUAAAAAACAAAAACUAGGAGACCUACACGAAUGAAGAUGGAGUGGACGCUAUGGAUUUUUAUUGCCUAUGGUGGCAGAGAGACGAUGCAUGUAGGUUUGGAAACAAAGAAGAAAUAGGAAAUGGAAUUUUCCAAUGUACAGAAAAUGUAUCUCAUGGGGAGGGUCUGUGUACACCCAUUUUCUGGUUAUAAACACGUAAACCUGAA